GUGUGCCUGUUAUUUGCGCAACUCUAUGGUAUCAGGGAGUCAUCCCGUUUUCUUAUUCUUGUUUGUCUUGGCUAGAGAGGAUCGUCUUGAACUGUUACCGAAGGUUUCUAUUGUAUACCGUAAGAGCCUCUGGUACACCAUGUGCUGUUUCUUACUGCAUACUGUUUACAAAUCGACCGCGUCCUUAGUCCGGGGCGUAUUACAACAAGCCCCUCAAGCCGCAUGGGGCGUAAACGCCAUCUUCCUCAAUCUAACACAAAGCAAGGUCUCUCCGAUAAAUGAGUAUACUAAAAGUAUAUAUCCGCAGCCAUUGAUUGGUGCAAGAUUGAAGAUGGGAAUUAUUUCCUGGGUAUUUGGCCACAUAGUGGAAUUAAGCGUACCGUUGAUUGGCUAGACUUUCGGGGAUCUGAUAAUCGCGAUGGCUGACAAAGCCGUGGGUUGCUGACUGUCAUUCUCUUGAGCGGGGCCGAGACAUACUAUGGAACGGACUUAACGCUCGUUUUGUGGUGACGAUGUCCACGCUGGUGAUAACGGAAUUGUGGUUUGAGGGUGGAAUGGCUUGGAAUGGGAAGCCUGAAGUGCGUGAUAUGGCUUGUGGUACAGAAGGGCCUGUAGGCUUGAAGCAGCGUUAAAGUAUAAAAGCAAAGGCGAUCAGUACCAACAAUUGUCUUAUUAUCAUCAUCAACUACUUCUCAAAUUCCCGACUGAAUUCAAGAUACAAGCAAAAUACCCCCUAAUCUUCAAGAUCUCAUCUACCCUUAUACCAAACAUGGCAAACCAAGCAGCUGUGAUUCCAGCUCCGAAGGCUCAGAUUGAGAUUAGGGAUGCAGAGAAAUACACACCCAAAUCCAACGAGGUGCUUGUGAAAGUUCGAAGCAUAGCCUUCAGCCCCAUCGAAGCCAAAGUUCAGAGAUUCGCUACUCACCCUAUUCCCUAUCCUAAUAUUCUGGGAUCCUCACUUGCAGGCACCAUUGAAGCUGUUGGACCUGAUGUCAAGGAUUUCAGUGUAGGAGACAAUGUCACCAGCAUCCGUUCCCCCAAGAACCUGGGUGAACCUAAGUUCGGAGCAUACCAGAAGUUUGCUCUGGCCAGCGCGUCUUCCAUUGUGAAGCUCGAUCCAUCGAUCCCCCUUCACGCAGCAUCUGCGACGGUGCUCAACGCCGCCGCUGUUGUUUGCGCACUCACAAUCCAUCUUGGCCUGGAUCGUCCAGACGUGUCCUCCGAGGCCAAAUCUGGAAGCAAGAACAAAAAGGUGCUCAUUUAUGGGGGCUCUAGUUCUUGCGGCGGUCUCGCCAUCCGCUUCGCUGCACAGGCUGGCUACACGGUAAUCACUACCUCUUCUCCAGCACACCGCGACUUCGUGCAAAGUCUGGGCCCCGCAGAGAUCAUCGACCAUCGUCAGCCCACUUCAGAAAUCAUUGAAGCACUUAAAUCUCACGGCCCCUAUGAUACCAUCUUCGACACCAUCGGUACACCCGCCGCCACGGAUGCUGUGGUCGGAUAUCUCGAGACCCUAGGUUCGGGACCCGUCUCUUACAACUCGCUCAUCCCGCCUCUUCCCGGGACUCGCGAGACACCUGCAAACAUUGAGAGGAAGUUUGCGCCGUAUAGCUUCGCACUCGAAGAGCCUGCGCAUGCGGAUUUGAAGAAGUGGUUGUUCGAAGUUUAUGUUCCUCAGGGAUUGAAGACUGGUGCAGUUGUACCGACAAGACAGGAGGAAUUGGCAGGUGGUUUGGGCAGUGUUCAGAAGGCGCUCGAUGAUAUGAUUGAAGAUCGGGUCAGCGGAAAAAAGUUGGUUCUUGAUCCCUGGGCUUGA